AUGAAAGAGAAUAGAGGUGUGAUCAUUGAUGAAGGUAUAGAUCAAUGUUACUCAUUGACAUUUGCUAAGAAACAAAACAAUGGUGUUGCAUGGAUAUCAAAAGAACAAUAUAUUAGAUCCGAUAUCAAAUGUGGUUAUCCAAAUUGUUUAAUAUGUAAAAGUAGUAGUAGUAGUAAUAGUGAUAAUAACAAUAAUAAUAGUAAAAAGGAUAAAGACAGUAAAGAUAAUAAAGAUAGUAGUAGUAAUAAUAGUGUACAAUAUAUAAUAAUACCAGAUAUAGAUAGUAUAAUAAAUUAUUUAGAGAUAUUCGAAUUACAAGAGGUAAUAGAUAGACAUUUCAUUGUGAUAGUAGAGACAGUGUAUAGAUAUGUACAGUAUAAUAGUGGUCCAAAGUACUUUGAACGUCUCAAACAACUGAUAAACAACAACAGAGCAAUCUACUUUACCAACGAACUCUUCACAGAAACAUCAAUUGAGAAACAACAAAACGAAUCAUUACACCAGUUCAAUAUCAGAAGAUUGAUAGCCGCUACACAAUGGUAUAGUAAUCAUCUACAACAACAGCAACAGCAACAACAACAACAACAAUCAAAGACAAUUAGUAAAUUAUCAGUUAUAUUUAUAACAUUGAAUAAGUUAGAGAAUGAAAGUAGUUAUCAUCAAUAUGAUAAAAAGAGUGGUAGUGGUGGUGGUGGUGGUUCAACUGUAAAAGAUGGAUAUUUAACAUUGUCUAGUUAUUUGACUAUGCUUGGUAUUGUCACUGCUUCGGAGUUGUACGAUACUCUUUGUCUAAGUUUGACGUUGACUGGUGAGACUUUGAGUGGUGGCGGCGGCAGUGGUGGAAACGACAGUCAGUUCUAUGAGAGAUAUUGGAAUGACGAUAUCAUGCAGGUGGAGUUGAAGUCUGGAAAUAUUAUUGCUGGUAAAUUGCAUAUCAAUCAGUACAGUCGUGAUCAAGCGUUUGUACAGUUGCCUGCCGAUAGUAUUUUUGCUACAAAGAUGGCUGGACAAGACAAGAUCAUGAUAGUCGGAAGGAAGAACAUCAACAGAGCGAUACACGGUGACAAAGUUGGAAUUGCAUUGUUACCACCUGACCAAUGGAUAAGCAACGAGAGUGACUCUUCCAUGUUGAGGGAUGACAUUACCGAGCAAAUACAGAGUGAUCAAGUCACUGCUAUCGCCGCUGAUGAGGAGCAACAAACAGCCGGACAAACAGCCGGACAAACAACAGGAAAAACAACAGGGGAUAAUGGUAAUAAGCUGAUAACUGGUAAAGUUGUUGGUAUAUUUCAAAGAAAUUGGAGGGAUUAUGUUGCUACAAUAGAGAAGGGUGCAUCGGUUGCCUCUAAUUAUGUUAUGGUGGUUCCGCUCGAUAAGAGGAUACCCCUGAUUCACGUGCCAACCAGGAAUGCAGUAAACUAUGUGGGGAAGAGGUUGGUUGUUAGAUUGGAUCGUUGGGAGUUGGGAAGCAGUCAUCCUUCGGGUCAUAUUGUCAAGGCGUUGGGUACAACCGGGGAUCUCGAGACAGAGUUGCUCUCGCUCAUCAAUGAGCACGAAGUCGCUCUGCCAAAGUGGACACCGCAACUGCUGGAGGGACUGCCUUCGCCCGGUUGGAAAGUGCCGGACGCCGAGCGGAAAUACCGUCGUUCCAUUGUGACGAGUCAUCGCACUAUGAGCAUAGAUCCACUGGGUUCAAAGGAUAUUGACGACGCCAUCUCGCUUGGCUAUCUCGCCAACAAUCGCAUUGAGAUCGGUGUACACAUUGCCGAUGUCAGCUUCUUUGUUCUCGACGGCACCAAACUCGAUGAGGAGGCAGCACGUCGUGGAACCACGCUUUAUCUGCCCGAUCGUAGAUUCGACAUGUUGCCUGCGAUUCUCAGUGAGGACGUCUGCUCGCUCGUCGGUGGACAAGAGCGUUGCGCCAUGAGUGUCAUCUGGACGGUCAACCUCAACAACAUGACCAUUGAAUCGACUUGGUUCGGAAGGACUAUUAUCUUCUCCAGUGCGGAGCUUCACUAUCAACUGGCGCAGGAUAUCAUCGAUGGCCGAGUCAAGCAGGGCAUGGACAAAGACGACGAUGUUACCGGUGGAGGAUUGAACGCCGGCUACAAGCGUCGUGUCUAUAACGACACAAAGAUAGAGGAGCUGAGAAACGAUCUACUGGUACUAAGAAACUUUUAUAGAGUCAUGAGAAAGCAGAGAGAGAUGAGCGGUGGUUUAGACUUGGAGUCAAUAGAGGUUCGUUUCAAAUUCAACCAGAACGAUAAAACACAGCCCGAUAAGAUCGUAUUGAAGAACGACCUCGAGGUUCAUUCUCUCGUUGCCGAGUAUAUGAUCUUAGCGAACGCAUCUGUCGGUACGAAAAUCCAUUCACACUAUCCUGGUGGUGCAUUACUUCGCAGACAUCCAAAACCAAAUCAACUUGGAUUUCAAUCAUUAAGAGAGUUAUUUGAUUUAUGUGGAUUUAAAUUGGAAACAGAUACCAACAAAGAUUUAGCAAGUUCAUUGAAUAAUGCUGUCGAUGGAGAUGAUCCAUUUACGAAUACAAUUAUACGUUUGAAAACAGUUAAUAUUUUAUCGGAAGCAAUUUACUUCUCAACAGGUUCAUUAAAUGUUAUUGAAUAUUAUCAUUAUGGUUUGGCUUUGGAGAAGUAUACACAUUUCACUUCACCCAUUAGACGUUAUGCCGAUAUUAUUGUGCAUCGUCAGUUGUGGGAUGCCAUUAACAACGUUAGAAACGACAAGUAUCAAGAUCACUCAGUUUCAAAGCUGGCUGCUCACCUAAAUGUACGGCAUCGUGCCGCCAAGACACUGCAGCGUGAUGCCACACAGAUGUUCCAGUCACUCUACUUUAAGCAUCAUCCAAAGCGCUCGGUUGAGGCAAUCAUCACCGAUAUCCGUUCGAAUUCGAUCGUUGUCUACGUACCAGAGUUUGGACUGCGCGAUCGUAUCUACCUGGUGACCAAAGACAACGAGUACAUCACACCGGCCCAAUGGAAAGAGUCACGUGGUGACAUCACCAACAUCAAGUUCAGUCCGCUCGACAUUGAAGUUAGAUUCACAAAGGAGCGAGAUACUAUCAAACUGCAGGUGUUCGAUCAUGUACUGGUCGAUAUCACAACGCAACAGGAUGAAUAUCACAUCCCGCCAGUCAAGAUGGAGCUGAUACAACAGAUGGAGAGAAAACAACGCAAUCGACAAAUCAAGGGUGAAAUGAUGAACAAUAAGAAGUUGAUAGAUCAAAUCAAGACGAAACAAGACGAUAAGAACGAUAAGGAUAAGGAUAAAACAACCGCAGAUAUCUACGGACAGAUCAAUGCAAUCGACGCCAUUGUCAUUCCAUCUAAAUCAGCCGGUGGUAAAGAGCAACAAUCGAUCUACGAUUUAAUCAAUAAGUUUUCAGUUGGAUUACAAAUCAUUGAGGAACAUGGUGGUACUAAAAUUAACUAUUCCAAAGGUAAACAACAACAACAACAACAACAACAACAACAACAACAACAACAAGCAACAUCUAUUGAAUCAAAUACUACUUCAACUAAUCAACAAAAAUCAACAACAACAACAUCCAAUAAUAAUGAAGUAUUAAAACUAUGGUCAAUGAACGAUAAACAAAUUAAAGACUAUAGAACAAAGACAGAUCGUGCAGUUCGUGAUGCUAUCAGUAAUAAAUAUAAAAUGAUGAAUAAGAUGAUCGGAAUAGAAGAGGAGGAAGACAACGAAAAGAUCGCACCAACUCAGACUGUUAAAGAGAAAUAUCAAGAUAUUAUUAAUAAGACAGAGCAAAACUUUGCAAAACUACAAAGAGAUAUUUAUAAAAGUAGAAAAUAA